GACCUCUUACUGGUUCAGCAGAAGUUGCCAAACAGCCUACAUAGCUACCGGUAGAGUGGCGCUUCGAGUUAUAUAUAGAUAUAGACUACAGAGAGAUAAAGAGAUAGAUUCAUCAGAUAUGGCUAGCGUCCAGUUCGUAAGGUCCCUGCUGUUGACGGCGAUAUUCUCAGCGGUGUACGCGUGCCCGCCGUCUGAUAAGGCGGCGCUGCUGGCCUUGAAGAAUGGCCUCCGAGAAGCCAACUUGGGGAUAUUCAAGACGUGGAAUGGCGGAGACUGCUGCAAGGGGUGGUACGGAGUUAGCUGUGACCCAUCCACCCACCGAGUUGCUGACAUCACCCUGCGAGGCGAAUCCGAAGACCCGAUUCUGGCGAACCAGACCGGUCACAUGACCGGUUCCAUCUCGCCGGAGAUUUGUAAACUCGAGUGGCUCUCCAGCCUCAUCAUCGCCGACUGGAAGGGUGUUUCUGGAACCAUCCCGGAGUGUAUCUCUUCUUUGUCGUACCUCCGGAUCAUCGACCUCAUCGGGAACCAGCUCUCCGGUCGGCUGCCAGCCGACAUAGGCCGGUUGAGCCGUCUCACGGUUCUAAACGUAGCGGAUAACACCCUCAAUGGCCAGAUUCCCCGCUCCAUCGCCAAUCUCACCUCCCUCAAGCACUUAGAUCUCCGGAACAAUAGAUUUUCCGGCGGGAUCCCGAGAACAUUCGGGAGGUUGAGGAUGCUGAGCAGGGCUCUGUUAAGCCGGAACCGGCUCAUCGGUCCGAUUCCCAAUUCGGUUUCCUUCAUCUACCGGCUUGCGGAUUUAGAUCUCUCCAUGAACCGGCUCUCCGGCCCAAUCCCGGCUUCUCUGGGGACCAUGCCGGUUCUCGCCACAUUAAACCUCGACGGGAACAGAUUCUCCGGCAACAUCCCGCCGACGUUGAUCGCCUCCGAUAUCAGCAUACUGAACUUGAGCCGCAACGCAAUUUCCGGGCACAUCCCGGACGCUUUUGUGCCUAAAUCUUACUUCAUGGUAAUGGAUUUAUCGUACAACAAUCUGAGCGGGAAUAUUCCGAGUUCGAUCAAAACGGCUUCUUUUAUCGGCCACUUCGACGUCAGCCACAACCACCUCUGCGGCCCGAUUCCUACCGGCCGGCCGUUCGAUCAACUAGAAGCGUCGUCUUUCAUUUUCAACGAUUGCCUCUGCGGGAUGCCGCUUAGAGCCUGUAAAUCAAGCUAAGAUUAUUGCUCAACCUUUGAUGAAUGGGCAACAGUUCUCUGUGCCAAAUUUACUACUCCAUAUGUUGGUUUGAUUGCGAUUUGAACACAAUUCAAUUGAACUAAACUCUACUCCCCUUA